AUGGCACAUGCAUGGCCACGCCCACCACAACGCAUGCGACCGUAUAAGGCGUUAGCGCGAACCGGAAUUGCGGGCGCGCGUUGGAGUGAGAAUGGAGUAAACAAACACGAAAUGGCGAUGUUUGGACGGUAUCCGAGUGUGUGUGUGUGUGGUGAGAUCAGUGACGGGCCACUUCCAGGACUGGAAUUUUUUCUUGUUCUGGAUUAG